UGUACUGCCAGGGAAGGAAAGGCCAAGAUGGCGGCGGAUGUAAGAGCUCGGAGCGGGCCUAGCGGAUAAACCGGGAGAAUAACCACCAGCUAGCCCCCCGGGGUGUGAUGGCAUAAGGCGGGAUGUGUGAGAGCUACACGCGCUCGCUGUUGCGGGUGUCGGUGGCGCAGAUUUGCCAGGCGCUGGGAUGGGACUCUGUGCAACUUACCGCCUGCGACCUGCUAACCGACGUGCUGCAGCGCUACCUGGCCCAGCUGUGCAGGGGAGCUCACCGUUACACCGAACUCUAUGGCCGUACGGAUCCAGUUUUGGACGAUAUCGGUCAGGCCUUCAAGCUGAUGGGGGUAAACCUCCAUGAACUGGAAGAUUAUAUACACAAUAUUGAACCAGUCACUUUCCCACAUCAGAUCCCGUCCUUCCCAGUCAGCAAAAACAAUGUGCUGCAGUUUCCUCCAUCAGGAAGUAAAGAUGUUGAGGACCGAAAGGAAUAUAUCCCGGACUACUUACCUCUCUUCAUUUCUUCUCAAGAAGAGGAAGAAGAGGAACAGGUGCCUACAGAUGGAGGAACUUCAGCGGAAGCCAUGCAAGUUCCCCUUGAGGAAGAAGGGGAAAUGGAAGAAGAUGAAACCAUAAAUGAUGAGAACUGCUUUAGUAAAAGACCUUUGGAUAGUCCAGAAACUAUAGAAAUGCCUUUUGCUAAGCGACCUAGAUUAGGGAGUACUAAAGGGGAUAUUUUAGAUGGAACUUUGGAGCCCCGAGAGCCACUUAGUUCAAUAAACUCUCAGAAAGUCCCCCCUAUUCUUUCCCCUUUUCAUGUACAGGACAAUCCAGAUUUGGCUGUUUAUUCAGAACAGCCUGCAAUGUCGGUUUCAAAAUCUAUAGCUUCCCCUUCUAAAUCUGUGGAAACAAAAUCUUUAACACCAAAAACAAAAGCAAAAGGUUCUUCACCUGCACAAAAAACUAAAUCUCCCAAAUCCACCCCAUUGACUCCUGUUCUAGGCAGCCCCAUAAGGUCACCUAAAACUGGUCCAAAGGAGAAGAAAUCCCCUGGACGUGCCAAAAGUCCAAGAAGCCCCAAGAGUCCUAAAGUUGGUACAGCUACUUCACAGCUUGUUGUAAAAGCUGAAACGCCAAGUCGGACACCACUUGCUACAUUAAGUGAAAAGGUGGGAAAAGAGAAUAUCCAGGUAAAACAAACUCAAGCAAUGUCUGAUUCUGAGAAAUUAAAUGUUGAAAAUUCCAAGAAACCACCAGUAGCUGAAAAUACAAUUGAGGAUUCAAUUGAUGCUGUUAUUGCACGUGCUUGUGCUGAACAAGAACCUGAUCCGUUUGAGUUUUCUUCUGGUACAGAAUCAGAAGGGGAAGUUCUUAAUAGCUCUAAACGACUCACUAUUUCAGAACCACAAACUCCUAAGGUUUCUUCUUCUAGCAGUAGUCUCGGAAAGGUUGGAAAUCCACCAUUACCUCCUUCAGGUGGCACUUCUAGCUCAGAUAUUUCAUGGACAAUGGAUGAUUCCAUCAAUGAAGUAAUUCGGAAAGUGAACCAGGAAACACCACCAACUGUGCCUUCCAAUGCUCCAUGCUUCUCUUCUCCUUCAGCUUCUCCUCCAACUCCAGAGCCACUCUUUAAGACCUUUGAGGAAAAGUCAAAACUAGCUUCUCCUGUAGAAAUAAAAAAGAAGACAAAGAAAGAGUUAAAGGCUAAGAUGAAGAAAAAAGAUAAGGAAAAACAAAAGGAUAAGGAUAAAGAAAAAGAAAAGAGUAAAGAAAAAAACAAGGAGAAAAACAAAGAGAAAGAUAAGGAAAAAGAUGUUAACAAAGAAACUAAACUUAUGUGGAAGGACGCAGCCAAGGAUGAAGAUGCAGAGGCACAGCGGUUUAAAAUUAAAGAUUUAAAUGACCUUGACAUGAAGUCAAAGCAAAAAGAAAACAGUGGUAAGAACAAAGAAAAACACAAAGAUAAAAAGAAGGAUAAAGAAAAGGGAAAGAAAAAAGAGAAAGGAAAAGACAAAAAUAAGGAAGAUAAGUUGAAAACACCAUCUACUCCAAUUGUAUUAUCCUCUAAGGAGAUAUCGUUACCCAUGAUAAGCACCCCCAAUUCAGCCCGGAUACCGGUUACUUUGUUUCCAGCCAUGUCUCCACUGCUCCCAGAGAAACUAUUUGACGAAAAGGAGAAGGGGAAGGAGAAGAAGAAAGACAAAAAAGAAAAGAAGAAAAAGAAAGACAAAGAAAAAGGCAAAGAGAAAGAAAAGGAGAAAAAGGAGAAGGAAAAGAAAGAUAAAGAAAAGGACAAACACAAACAUGAAAAACAGGUUAAAGUGGACCUAUCUGUUCCUGCCCCUUCACCUGUGAUCCCCAGGUUGACGUUACGCGUGGGUGCAGGCGAAGACAAGAUUGUCAUCAGCAAAGUGGUUUCUGCUCCAGAGGCUAAACAAGCUCCUGCAACUCCUCUUCCCAAAUCACCUCCUCCGCCGGCACCGUCUCCAGCUCCUGCACCUGUUCUGGUUGUCCCUCCUCCUGUGCCGCAAGCUCCAGCUGCAGCCGCUGCAUCCCCAGCACCAAAUCCUGUACCUCCUGCCUCAGGUGCAAGUGCCGGAAAUGCUAAAGGACCUGUCAGGAGUGUUGUAACAGAGACAGUCAGCACUUACGUGAUCCGAGAUGAGUGGGGCAACCAGAUUUGGAUUUGUCCAGGCUGUAAUAAAGCUGAUGACGGCAGCCCCAUGAUUGGCUGUGAUGGGUGUGAUGAUUGGUACCAUUGGCCUUGUGUUGGAAUAUCAGAUGAACCUCCAGAAAAUGAACAGUGGUUUUGUACCACGUGCUUCAGCAAGAAGAAAGAUAAAAAGCACAAAAAGAGAAAACACAAAGCUCACUGAGACUUUGUUUUAGUCCUCUAGGAACUUUGUAGUCCGAAGGGUCAGUUCUGCUGUUGCUUCCAGAAUAGAUUUGUACCAAGGUGACCAACGUAGGUCUCAAACGAUGGUCUUCCUGGCAGAUCGUAGAUUAGACUUCUCAAAGAAAAUUCUGCUACAGGAUCUUGUAAAUCAACUGAUUGCUGUUACUAAACAGCGCCUUGUGUAAUGGUGCAUUUUGUCUUCAAGCUGAAUUUGCAAGACAUUUGAUAACUAUAGUAAAUGAUUUUAGAGACUUUGGAGACAUUUUUUGUCCAUUUUGCAUUGUUGUUUUUGCUCUAUUGGAUAAUCAUAAGAACCUGUUAUAAUCCUAUACCAAUAUGUGUCAAGUGCAUAUUUUUGUUCUAAGAAUAUAUAAAUCAUGACAUUUUCCUUUUUGUGCUAAUAUAAAUAAAACGACUUUGGCUCUGUGAAAUAUAUAUAUUUUUUAAAAGAAUAUUUCUAUUGUAUCCAAUUAUUUCUUAGAAGCUUUCAUUGAUAUCUGUAAUAUAUUUUAGAUUUAUUUGGGUCUAUUUUUUUUUACUUUCUGUACAAGACCAGUCUUUAAGUGCAUGAACGUUAUUAUCAUUUAUAUAGAAAUGAUAAUAAAUGAAUUCCAUGUAUAUUUCAUCCCAUAGUUCAUGCACUGAAUUGAGUUGCAACAGAAAAGUGUUUUUAUGACAUUUAUACACAGUUUCUUUAUUUUAUAUUGAAGCAUAAAACAGCAUUGCAUCUGUGUUGUCUUGAACGUAUGUUUUUUUUGUACAUAUUAAAAGUGUGUAUGAAGUACA